CCGACCAUUCUCCGUCCUUGCAUCCCGCACACGCACACACAUGCUGAUGAUAUCCGCGCGCCAAUGCACCAAUCAGUCAAUCCAGACUCUGCAGCUCUUUGAUGUCGAAAUCAAUCACGUGAAACACCUGACACACACACACACGAGACACACGAAGCCAAUCCGCCCCCCAACCCUCAUCCUCGCUCCCUCCCUCCCUCCCUCUCCUCCUGGCGUCAAAGACCUGUGCCAGUGAACUUGGGCAGUAGAGUGCAUCGGUCUCCGUGCCACCGGCCAUCUCCACAUCGAUGCAGUAGCACGUCGUCAGGGUGUCGGCCGAGGUGCCCAGCAGCAGGAGGAAGGCAUUAGACACCCACAGGGACAGCACCAGCACAAGGGGCAGAGACAUGACGGGCGAGUGGUGAGCUCGCGAGUGGAGCGACGUCUCGAUGCCCAGCAGGUAGUGCACUACCGUGAACUCAUCUGCACGUGUGGGUGUGCACACACACACACACACAGAAAGAGAGAGAGAGAGAGAGAAUCCUCCUCUGUGUGUGCGUGCGUUGUGUGUGUGGGGGAGCGAGCAGCUGACCUACCGGCCCCCGGAGCUCUGAAGGUGAUGUAUGCGAGGAAUAUGACGACGACGGCUAUGAUGAAGUUGAGGAUUUGGGCCACGGGGAUCUUGUCGCUCGACAAAUGGGGGAUCUUGCCUGCAGCCAUCACACCCAUACCAUCCAGGUAGGGUAGGCACCAGCCGACACACAGCCAAGAGACAUGUACACGUCUACCUACCGAAGUUCCGAUUGAGCAGUGCUUCGAUCCUGAGGGCGGCCUGCAUGUAGGGGUACCCCAGCAAUGCAACCUACACACAGGCGAAAGGCGCAAGACCACGCAUUGGCCGCAACCAUUAUAUUUCGGUGCGUCUCCCUCCCUCCCUCUCACUGACUGACCAUGACGUAUGCCGAGUCGGUGAAGUACCUCAUGACCCGCGUCUCCAGGGCUAUCAGCGGCAUCAACACAUAAUACAACACUCUGAUGGUUGGUUGGUUCGUUGGUUGGUGCACAGACAGACAGAGAGACGUCCCACAUACACACACACACACAUGAACCGGAUGUGCCUUUCAUGUCUCUCCCUGCCUCUUCACGUCGUUACAUGCCUGUGUGUCUGCGAUUCCGAAGGGUCGAAUUCUGCCGGUAUGAGGGGGGUCAGAAUAUACCGCAGCACCCGCACCGGCAGAUUCAGCAGAGAACCAAAAGCCAAAGUACCCUGCACGCACAGCCACACACACACACACACACACCCAGACCACAAACAACGCCUCACACCCAUGGAUUUCCCGAAUGCCGUCGUGUGAGGUGACAAAGGGACCAGGUGGAAUCUUAGAUUGAGCAUUCCCUGCAAGGCCUCCGACCCGAUGUUGAUCGUCCCAUCGGGCGUGAGCAGCCCACCACGGGGCUUCACGUCUUCGCCGCCAUACCCUGCACGAGACACACACACAAACAUACAUACAGACACAAAGGGGUGGGUGACGGACAAGGAGGAUUCUCUGCUCGCCUGAUAUCAGUGAGGGUGCUGCAGUGCUCCUCCCCGCUGCGAUGGAUGCAGUGCCGGCUGUGCGGGCGGUGUGCAGCAGGUGGGGGGGCAGACGGAAGUAAUUCGCACACAACACUGCGCACACACAGGAACAUUUUGUCGUGUGUCCUGGCGACCCGUCUCAGCCCUUCCCUCCGCCACCUGAUGCGGCGACGAAUUUGACGCACGCGGCGAGGAAUUCGAGUGCCCACACGAGCAGAAAGCUCCACAGGAUGAAGUAGAGGAGGAACACCGCACUGAACGACCUGCGGGCACCAAGAGGGGAAAGAGGGGAAAUGGGUCUAAGGAUCCAGCCAUCCAUCUGUCUGUCUAAUGAUCGUUGCCGCUGAUACUGACAUGGUCUUGACGGUCUCGAUUUCGCCGAAGAGCUCCACCUCGGUCGAGCGCGGGCUGCCGCGAACAGACAUCAAUACAUACGCAGAUUUCACACUUGAUGCCUUCCGUGUGUCCGUCCAUACCUUCUGACCCCCAUGAGCAGGACAGCCACCUGGGCCCACUGCACGAUAAGGAAGAGCUCUGUCACCGACAGCACCAGCACGAGCACCAGCAGCAGGGGCGACUUGGCGACGUACCCAAUGGUCCCCCUGAAUAUCCUGAACAGCUCCGCCCGGUACCUCAGCGACCGCAUCGACACCACCAGCACCACCAGCCCCAACACGGCCAGGCCGUACUUGAGCAGCGGCGCCAGCUGCAACGAGUAGAAGUGCGCCUUCUCGAACACUAUGUCCCUGAUACACACAUAGACAGACACGCAAGUCUCACACACGGAGAUAGAUGACAACGCCCAAGACCCCUUACUUUGCGAAUCGUCGCUGGUCGACGUGAAUGAGGUAUGCGAGGUAGAAGAGCAGCCCACACCCCACCACCACACACCCGAUGGCUGUCACAGUCGGCAUCGCGCGAAUCGCCAUGAUGGCCACGGCCCCCAGCAGCAGAGAGGUCGACAGCACGGCGGCCAGCAGCUGCGGAUUGGAGAAGACCGUCGCCCACGCGUGGUAGAGCUCCUGCUGCAGCGAACCGUAGGUCACGGCCUCGCCAGCUAUGUCGUGGUCCAUCGGGAGGCAGUUGUAGUUGAUGCCCAGCACCGACGCAUACGAGUGGUGCGUGUAGAGCUUCGCCAUGGGCCCAUCGGGCACCGUGAAGGUCAGUCCCUCUGCGCCGUUGGGGCAUUCCUUGACGCACACGCGGAUGUCGCUCAUCAGGGGGUUGGGGAAGUAGCCGUAGGGCUUGUCCGACACAUCCGGGUCCAGACCACACAUGGCGCCUGCAACACACACACACGUGUGUGCAUCGUCCCUCUCCGCCUCCCUCUCCCUCUCCCUCUCACCGUUGAAGUCAGUGGGGUAGAAGAGUCUGUGCGGGUUGCCGUACUGUUGGGCCUCGCCGAAGAUGAACAACGCGAACAGCACCGCACCGGCAAGGAUGAAAAGGCCGAACACGUCAGUGCACCGCCGACGUGUGGCCAGCCCGUCCACCUCCUGAGUGAGUGCAGCGAUGGAUAGAUGGACACUGCAUGGGCAGAAACCGUGGCAUCUGCGGCUCGGGCGCACCUGUCUGCCAAAGACGGAGAAGGCUUCAUCCUCUGAGAUGAGAUACUGAUACGCCACGCCCUCCGACUCAUCAGCCAGCCUGCACACACACCGCACACCACAUUGAAGAGAAGAGGACUUCUGAUGGCCAUGGAGAUCUUUCGGUAUUCCAUCCAUCCAUCCAAUGGGUUACCCGCGUCCUUUCUUGGUUUUGCCCCUGCCGCCUCGCUUGAGGCGCUGGUGCCGCCUGCUCGGCAAACCAACCGCAGCAAACCCCUCAACAGCCAUCAGUGCAGCCCUCGGAUAGUUU